AACGUUUUCUCCUGUACCGCUGUCAUAUGAAAUCUCGCGGUAGGACUCCACUUAGAUCACUACGUAAUGUGCCGUGCUGCUUCUAGCGGCGCUGGUGACAGUGCUGAAAGCUGUUGGGUAUGAAGUGAAACGGAACUGAUUUUUUUUUUGUACUAUCCGCAACUGCUUCUUCAAGUUCAGAUCACAACGAAGAAACAAAUUCAAGAGAAACAUCCCAAAAUGAACAAAGUCGCAACAACUCAAUAAAAGGAAAGGCUCACUUCAAAGGAAAAUAUAGAAGCAAACAAAACGAAGAAACAACCAAAGACAAGAUACACAGCUGCCCAAUCGAAACACGCUCAAGAGAAACAAUCCUUUGCCAAAAUUGCAAACCCGAGAACAUAACUGAUCUGAGACCAGAAGUUUGUGCCUACUCAACAGCUUUGACAAAGCACACGUCCCAACGCUGCUCCCAGCCCUCCUCACCUCACCGCACCACCGACUCACCCCGGGGUGCUUAGAGGGCUGCUGUCUGCUAGUUUUUUUUCCUUCUCAUCCCUUUAGCUGUCUCUCUAUCUCCGUGUGCUCUGUUCAUUUUGUUGAUUUCAAGCAGUGUUAUUGCACCUGCGUUUGCCUCCUUUUUUUAUUUUAAUUUUUUAUAUAUGCAACUUAUAUGCAGAACUUGUGCCAGAAACCGGCAACAAAUACGUGGGGUGUGUGUGUGUGUGUGUGUGUGUGUUUUGAAGAGAAGAUCUGCAACAUCUGCACAGUCGUUAACGUUCAAGACCACACCUUUUAAGACGCCAAAUCAAGUGUGACCCAGCCCUGACCCCACUGUCGGAUAUGGAGAGAGUGCACUCUGAACCCCCUUUGGCACGUAAUAAUGCCUCUGCCACCUCUGUGGUGGCUAUCCCCCGCUCGUUCUCGGUUUCCCACAAAAAACACAAGCGGACACCCCUGUAUCGGAGAUCAAUGAGUUUUGACCCUGGCAUGCUCCACAAUGGGCACACUGCGUUUGCCAAUGGCACAGCGGUGGGCAUCAGGGAGACUGGCGUGGUGGAGAAGCUGCUCACCUCAUACGGGUUCAUCCAGUGCUCGGAGCGGCAGGCACGCCUCUUCUUUCACUGCUCCCAGUACAACGGCAACCUGCAGGAGCUCAAGAUAGGAGAUGAUGUGGAGUUUGAAGUGUCCUCAGACAGGCGUACUGGCAAGCCCAUAGCAGUGAAGCUGCUUAAGAUCAAACCAGAGGUGCUUCCAGAGGAGCGCAUCUCGGGCCAGGUGGGGCCAGACUCGCACGCCUCUCCAUUUACUGUGCUGCAUGGUUAUAUUCAUCCAGUCGUCUCAGCGAUUCCUACUCACCUGGAUGGCAAGUCUGCUCCAGGGCAGGUGCCCACUGGCAGUGUGUGCUAUGAGAGAAAUGGGUAUGGAUUCCUUCCCACGCAGGAGGUGUUUUACUUGACCUACACCCCAGACGACAUAGAGGGCAACAUGCACCUGGACACGGGAGACAAAGUCAGCUUCUACAUGGAAACCAACAAGCACACCGGUGCAGUCAGUGCACACAACAUUGUCCUGGUUAAGAAGAAACAGAUGAGGUGCCAGGGGGUUGUCUGUGCCACCAAGGAGGCCUUUGGGUUCAUUGAGAGGGCUGAUGUGGUGAAGGAGAUCUUCUUCCACUACAGCGAGUUCAAGGGCGACCUGGAGGCCCUGCAGGCCGGCGACGACGUGGAGUUCACCAUCAAAGAGAGAAACGGGAAAGAGGUGGCUACUGACGUGAGGCUGCUCGCCCAGGGGACAGUCAUAUUUGAGGACAUCAGCAUCGAGCAGUUUGAAGGCACUGUUAUCAAGGUCAUCCCUAAAGUUCCAACCAAGAACCAGAAUGAUCCACUACCAGGCCGCAUCUGUGCCAGGAUCAAUUACACAGACAAGGAGCUCCUGUUUGGUGAGAAGGACACCAAGUCCAAGGUGACCCUGCUGGAAGGCGACCAUGUGCAGUUCAACAUUUCCACGGACCGUAGGGACAAGCUGGAGCGGGCCACCAACAUCGACAUCCUGCCUGAUACCUUCCACUUCACCAAGGAGUCCCGUGAGAUGGUAAGGACCCUGAGGAGAUCCAUGGGUGUGAUCGCUGCCAUGCGCGACGGCUUUGGCUUCAUCAAGUGUGUGGACCGGGAUGCCAGGAUGUUCUUUCACUUUAGCGAGGUCCUGGAGGAAAGCCAGCUGCACAUCUCUGACGAAGUCGAGUUCACCGUUGUGCCCGUGAGUCCAGGGAAAAAGUCCAUGGACAUGCUGUCUGCCCAGAGGAACCACGCGGUGCGCAUCAAGAAGCUGCCUAAAGGCACAGUGUCCUUCCAUACCCAGUCUGAGCAGCGCUUUGUGGGCGUGGUGGAGAAGGAGGCCACGGCAGCCAUCACCAACAACAAGAGCGCAAGCCCCAGCAAGGCCAAAGAGAAGAAAAAAGACAAGGAAGCAGAAGAGGGAGUGAUUUCUUAUGAGGACUGUGGAGUGAAGCUGACUGUGUCGUACCAUGUCAAAGAUCUGGAGGGAGCUGCCCAGCCACAGGCAGGAGACAAGGUGGAGUUCUCCAUCAAUGAGGUAAAGAGGACGGGCCAGCAGAGCGCGGUCACCAUUAAGAUCCUCAACCGCACAGUCAACACCAAAAGGCUGCUGGGAUACAUCGCCACGCUGAAAGACAACUUUGGGUUCAUUGAGACGGCCAAUCACGAUCAAGAGAUCUUCUUUCACUACAGUGAGCUGUGUGGAGACAUGGAGAACCUGGAGCUGGGUGACACUGUGGAAUACACCCUGUCCAAGGGCAAAGGAAACAAAGUCAGCGCUGAGAAGGUUAUGAAGAUGGCAGCAGUGAAUAGUGUGGGACAGGAUGUUGGUGAGGCGGUGAUGCUGGGGAAGGUGGUGCGCCCUCUGCGUAGUGUGGACCCGUCGCAGACAGAGUACCAGGGGCUCAUCGAGCACUCAGAGGAAGAGGGCAUGAAGGGCCAGAAUUACUCAUUUGGCAUCAUGGGCAUGACAAACAAGGCAGACUGUCUGCAGAAAGGAGAGCUGGUGAAGUUUCAGCUGUGCACAGUGGCCCAGACAGGACAGAAGAUGGCCUGCAACGUUGUCCCCCAACGCAAAGCCUUAGUGGAGUGUGUCAAGGACCAGUUUGGUUUCAUCACAUAUGAAGUUGGUGAGAGUAAGAAGCUGUUUUUCCAUGUCAAAGAGGUGCAGGAUGGCUUGGAGCUCCAGACUGGGGAUGAGGUGGAGUUCUCAGUCAUUCUCAACCAACGCACAGGGAAAUGUAGUGCCUGCAAUGUGCGCAGAGUCAGUGAAGGGCCUAAACCGGUGGCAACCCCCCGUCCUGAUCGUUUGGUCAACCGGCUCAAGAGCAUCACCCUAGAUGACUCUAGCGCCCCCCGCCUAGUCAUUGUGAGACAGCCCCGUGGCCCUGACAACUCAAAGGGCUUCAAUGUGGAGCGGAAGACUCGUCAACCGGGUGUAAUUGACUGAACAGUAUAUACCCCGUCUAAAAUAGGUGGGCCCAGAUUUAGAAAUGUAAUCCCAGAAUGGAGGACAACAAUGGAAAGGGAAUUUUGCUGUCUUGCAGAAACAUGCUCUUACACACAUACAUACUCUUGACAGGCACACAGAAAUAAGCAUGUGUAACACCUCUCCCUGUUCCAUCACCUGCAAUGGAACCCUCUCAUUCCAUUUGUUCCCUGCCACCCACAUAUGUACUUGAUACGGUUUCAUACUGCAGUAUACAUUGCAGGUUUCUCUUCUGAGUGUGUGUGUGAUUGUUGUGCAUAAGGUGUUUUAGAAAUGGUAGAAGUUACAGAGGAUUUGUUUUAAAGGGUUUCUGCUCCCCUUAAAAUCAGAGUGCUGGUUGUGUGGCAUUGUCUUGUCCUCAUCUUUGCUGAAUCUGCUUAAAUGUCUGGAAUUCUGCACCUGCAACCUGUUGUGUAUGUGGAUAUGUGUGAGUGUGGGCAUGUAUUAGAGCUCACCUGCUUCUUCCAUUUGCUCUCCCUCAUUUAAGGAAACGAAAUGAUUCUCAUUUGCCAAUGGUUUCCACUAUGCUUUCCUACAAAAUGCAUAAAGCAAAGUUUCCUUCAUAAGGAGGAUCCUGUUUUUCAUAUGUGUGGGCUAAAACACGGAGGCUAUUUCUCUGCUCGGUUUUUUGAGCAGUUUUGAAACACUUUAUCCAAGAGCUGGAGUGAAAGCAUGGUGUGGUGUGAUGUAUGUGAAUGUUUAAGUGACUAUGAUUAGGAUUUACUUUGACAAAUCUGGAGCAUUUCAAUACCUUUUCAGUAUUCACACGCUCCAUAAGCAAUUUCCCCAGGUGCAGAAUUCCUAAUGGCAUCUUAUAUCCAGCAGUUAUUUUAUACAAUGUAUUCUUUUUUUUUUGUUGCACAUAUUUCUUUUUUUGUUCCAUUGAAUCUCUAUCUGCUAAUUAAUAAAAUGAAGUAAAAAAUAAGGUGCCUAAAAACUACAAAGAAAACAAAAAAAUUAGAUGUAUCCUCUGACCCCAGCCAACCGCCAAAAUAUUAAGAACAAUCUUGGGAUGGCUUUUUUUUCUAGUAGAAAUAAUACUGGUCUGCAUCCCAAAUACCUGUGGGUGGAAAUAUACUGUAUGUAAUGUGUGCUUUUUUCUUAGUGAAAGAUUAAAACAUCACAAUAUAACAAAAAUACAUUUUACUUAAGUAAAAGAGGGGGAAAAGUUAAAGUAUUAGAAUUCAUCUUAAGGAUCAGGAUAUCUAUUAUUGUGCUUUAGUGGCAUUGGUGGGUGAUCUGUUGUGCCUGAAUGCACAUAUGGGAGUUAGUCUAAAUGAAUUUAAACUGGCGAUCACUGGGUUCCUCCUGAACUGCAUAGAGGCUCUCCUAUGUACUUUUGUUAAUGGUCUUGAAUGAAACAAUUGAAUUAAAGUUUUAUGAAAAUUA